AUAUAUAUAAGAAAAGUGGCAAAAUUCGAAACCCCAUCCACUUUGGUGGGAGUCAAAUGGAAGUGAUCAGCAGCUCAUCCUCCUCUUUCUUCAUCUCCCCCCGCAACAAUCUCUGCUUCGCUCCAAACCCUAAGGUUGUGAGAUUGAAUUCUGUGAUUGUUAGCUCUGUAAACCCUAGGUUGAGCAAUGGAUUAACAUGUGUAAGCGUAAGCGCUAGCGAUAGAUUAGCGGCUUUUAACCAUAAGGAGAUUGGUGAAGACAGGAGUUUGUUUUGGUUGGUGAAAAGGUUGAACAAGAGAUUUGCAUUUCAUCAUGUUGUGCUUUUUAGGGGGAAUGGGCGGCUGUUAACGAAGUUAAGGAAACAUACUGUGAGCUUUAAGAAACUAGUGAAGAGUUCUGAGAAGUUUAAGGAUGUGUUUCCGGAUUUCUUUGUUCGAGUUGCGUUGGGAAUGAUGCUGUGUAUGGCAAUUGCUGUUCCUGUUAGCAAAUCUCCUUCCUGGGCACUCACUGAGGAGAACCUUUUGUUCCUGGAGGCGUGGAGGACGAUUGACCGUGCAUAUGUUGACAAAAGCUUUAAUGGUCAAAGCUGGUUUAGGUACAGAGAAAAUGCGCUGCGCAAUGAACCAAUGAACAACCGUGAACAAACCUAUGCAGCAAUAAAGAAGAUGCUUGCCACAUUGGAUGACCCCUUCACCCGUUUUUUGGAGCCUGAUAAGUUCAAAAGUUUAAGGUCAGGAACACAAGGUGCUCUUACCGGAGUAGGGUUAUCAAUUGGCUACCCGACUGGAAAUGAUGGAGCUGUUUCUGGAAUCAUGGUUAUUUCAGCUUCUCCAGGUGGGCCCGCUAGUAGGGCUGUCAUUUCUCCAGGUGAUCUAAUUCUGGCCAUUGAUGAUACCAGUACAGAAACAAUGGACAUUUAUGAUGCAGCCGAACGCUUGCAGGGACCUGAAGGAAGUGAAGUACAACUAAAAAUACGAAGUGGGUCAGAUAUCAAGCAACUGUCGUUAACAAGGGAAAACAUAUCAAUAAAUCCAGUGAAGUCAAGGGUUUGUGAGACACCUGGUCUCGGGAAGGCUGCUUCAAAGAUCGGAUACAUAAAGUUAACGUCAUUUAACCAAAAUGCUUCUGCUGCUGUCAAGGAAGCAAUUGAAACUUUAAGGAGAGAGAAUGUGGAGGGCUUUGUCUUGGACCUCCGCAAUAAUAGUGGUGGUCUUUUUCCUGAAGGAAUUGAGAUUGCUAAGAUCUGGUUGGACAAAGGUGUGAUUGUGUACAUAUGUGAUAGUCGAGGGGUUAGAGAUAUAUAUGACACGGACGGAACCAAUGCAAUAGCACCUUCAGAACCGCUAGCAGUUCUGGUGAACAAAGGAACUGCAAGUGCAAGUGAGAUUUUAGCCGGUGCAUUGAAAGAUAACAAGCGUGCAGUGCUUCUUGGAGAACCCACUUUCGGGAAAGGAAAAAUUCAAUCGGUUUUUGAAAUGUCUGAUGGAUCUGGCUUGGCUGUUACUGUUGCUCGUUAUGAAACCCCUGAUCACAUCGACAUCAACAAGGUUGGCAUAAUUCCUGAUCAUCCUUUGCCAGCUUUGUUUCCCAAGGAUGAUGACGAUUUUUGUGGCUGCAUUGGAGACCCUGCUUCAGGUUGUUUUCUAAACCGAGUUGGAUUAUUUUCAAGAUGAUACAACUAUUCUAAAAACUCAAUUUAUCAUUCAUUUGACUGUUGGUUAUUUGUUCAAAAGACCAUGGCCAGCAUAUAUGUAUAGUUUGAAGGAAAUUGGAAAAAAAUGUGAAGUAAAUCUGUUGUAAAUUACUUCUCUUUGAAUUCUAGUCACCAAUGCUUGAAGAGGUGAUUUGUAAACCAUAUUUUUUUACUUG